AUGGAGCCCCAACAGAUUCCAGAAGGAAGUCGUGAUGGAAAUACCGUGACAGUACCUGGUCCCUUCUAUAAUGCCCCGGUAGAACACAUCAUAAGGAGAGUCGACAGUGGAUAUAGCCCUGGCUUGACUCAAGUCUCCGUUGCUGCCCCACUCAUAUGGACAUCCCCCGGCGGUGCCAACAACGUCCAUAAUCAGCCCGAAGCUACUGUUGAGGGCUCAAACUCACCGCCAGCUACAGAACCACGCAUCGACGCCAUGGAAGCAGCACCUAGCGAUUCACAGCCAUCGUUCUCGGCAUUCAAAAAAUACGAAAAGUUAUUCAUCGUGAUCAUGGUGACUCUUGCUUCGUUCUUCUCCCCUCUUUCCGGUCAGAUCUAUUACCCUGUCAUGCCAACGUUGGUACGGAACUACCACCUCACCCCGGAGCUAAUCAACAUCACAAUCGCAACAUAUAUGAUCUUUCAAGGCCUGGCACCGAGCCUCAUGGGCACAUUCGCCGACACCGGGGGCAGACGUCCAGCGUAUAUCAUUGCAUUUGCAGUAUACACCGCUGCCAACAUUGGACUGGCGUUGCAGAAUAGUUUCGCGGCAUUGCUUGUCCUCCGCUGUCUUCAGGGUGCAGGGAGCAGUGGCACCGUGGCAUUUGGAUAUGGCGUUACAGCGGACAUUGCGACAACAGCCGAACGUGGAAAGUAUAUCGGGCCCAUGGCAGCAGGUGUCAUGGUUGCGCCUGCGCUGGGCCCUGUUAUCGGUGGCCUUUUGGCGAAAUUCCUCGGCUGGCGCAGUGUUUUCUGGUUCCUGGUCAUUGUUAGUGGGGGCUAUUUGGUGUUCUAUGUGCUUGCUAUGCCAGAGACGGCGCGCAAGAUUGUUGGCAACGGUAGUGCAGUACCAAAUGAGUGGUGGCGCAGGUCUGUCAUCCAAUGGUGGUCGAAGAGGCAGGCCCAGUCAGACGAAGAAGAGCAGAUUGGUGCAGAAGGACCCCAAAAACAGUCUCCGCAUGCUAAGAGACUCAGGUUCCCGAAUCCCCUCAGGUCCUUUGCCAUUCUGCUGGAGUGGGAUGCCUUGAUCAUCAUCUUGUACGUCGGGAUUGUGAUGUUCUCGAAUAUCGCCCUCUUGACAAGCACUCCCAAUCUCUUUGGUCCCCUAUACGGUUUCAACGAGCUCCAGAUUGGUCUCUGUUUCUUGCCCUUCGGAGUAAGCUCUUGCCUCGGCGCAGUCCUAUAUGGGAAAGUCAUUGACUACAACUACAAGCGGACAGCCCAAAAGCUCGGAUUCCCAGUAGACCGGAGGAAAGGAGAUGACUUGCGUAAUUUUCCAAUUGAACGUGCUCGCCUACAAACAGUAUUCCCAGCAAUGGCUAUCGGCGUUGCGGCAUUCAUCCCAUACGGCUGGGUCCUGCAACAAAGAGUACACUUAGCUGUCCCGCUGAUACUGCAGUUCAUCAUAGGCUUCUGCUUCGUUGCAUCCCUGAACUGCCUCAACACGCUUCUUAUCGACCUAUUCCCAGACAAGCCCGCCACUGCUGCAUCGGCAUGCAAUUUUGUUCGCUGCUGUCUUGGUGCUGUUGGGGCUGCUGUUAUUAGCCAGAUGCUGAAUGGUAUGGGGUGGGGGUGGUGCUUUUUCUUUUUGGGCUUGGUCAUGGCUGUUGGGAUGGGGUUGCUCUGGGUUGAGAAUGUGUAUGGGAUGGGCUGGAGAGAGAAGAGGUUGCUCAAGAUCGAACAGAAGAAGAUGGAGAAGGAGGCGAGGGCCGCUGAGAUUCAGGUUGAGGGAAAGUCCGAUGGCAGAGAACAGGAGGACACUAAUGGUCCUGAUGCUAAUGCUGGUGUCACUGGAGGAGCUAAUACUCGCUCAAACCAGUGA